AUGUUGGACAAGACUAUCCUAGGCGGUAGUUGGGAGAGCGUGAUCUCGAGAGACGAGUACGAGAUCGACAACAGUCCGAGUCUAAGAGGAUCUCCUCUGAAGGACACAUCCAACAUACAACAAGAGGAGCAGCCCUACCUUAUUAGUCGCCACAACCCUAACAAGACUUUCCGACGAGAAUCUGUCAUUGCUUCGUGGAAGAGUUUAAAGAAAGAGAGAGAGCAGGCUCUAGGAAAGCGUACCGUGUAUGUCGACGCUGAUAGCUACAAAGAUUACUAUGGAAGGAAUCAAGUCAAGCGUUGCAAGAGCGAGAGGACAGCGAACGCUCCACGCGUUCUCAAAAAGGUCAAACGUACCUAUUCCGUAUUGUAUAGAUACGACCCGAAUGAAGAAAAGGUUGUAAAGGAAUAUAAAUAUCAGCCGGCCAAAGAACCUGAAAUGUCAGCGAGUACGAACCUUCAGAAAUCCUACUCGGAACCGUUCCUGGGGCCCGAGAGGACACCCAAAAAGAAGGUUAAGAGGUCCAUCACGACUUUCCUGAACAUCAAGACCAAGUUCAUAAGUUUAUUCUCGUCUAAGAGUUAA